AUGGAUGAUCGCAAAAAACGGCUACGAUAUCCGUACUACGAUCAACAAACGGGAACCGCUCAAAGAGAAUCUCAAUUCGCUGUGCGCUCAAUUGAUCACCGGUAUUCUUCAAACGAUUCCAAUACUGUUGUGCAAUUCGCGACGGAGCGAUGGAGGCGGGCAAAGAAUAUUCCGCCAUCGGAUGCUGUUGAAAUGAAAAUGUUUCUACGCGAUAACCCAGCUCUCGAAGCAGCUGUAAACCAUUCAACUCCGCAAAUUGCUCAGCCAGAACAGCAACAAUCUGAAUAUGGAAGUGAAGCCUUCACCUCAACGCCAAAAGAGACACGAACAAGACAAGCGAAAGAAGAUUAUCGUGACGAGUUGAUGCUUGACGAUGACAUGUCUCCAGAUGAAAAUGGCUCGGACGAGGAUGACUGGUCAUCGAGAAAGAAACGCCGCGGCGGUGCAACCGGCUCAAAAUCGUCAAAUAGAAAGCGGGUACCACCCAAUCGCUCUUCGAACCGCCACCAGCAGUCGUAUCAGCAGCAGCAGCGUUCACCAGUUCUCUCGCCAUCCGCCAGUUCUAAAAAAUCACCCGCCAACACGUCAAUGGAAGAGAAAACGCACGUGUGCAAUAAAUGCACAGCGCGGUACAAGAGCCUCGCGGGUCUAAGUUAUCAUCUUGCUUAUUCGCAUGAUAUGCCCUCUUCUCAUCCUACUUCCAAAUUACUCUCUCCGAAUAUUGAAAUAUCCGAUUUUUGUGAUCUUUGUCUUGGUAGCGCCUUUAUGAAUAAAAAUACAAAGCAGCCUGAAGAUUUGGUAACAUGUCACGAUUGUGGCAGAUCAGGGCAUCCGUCAUGUUUGUCCUUUAAUAAGAACGUGACUGUCAUUAUAUCGCGUUACGGGUGGCAAUGCAUCGAAUGCAAAAGUUGCACAAUUUGCGGUACAUCAGAAAACGAUGAUAAAUUGUUGUUUUGCGACGAUUGUGAUCGCGGCUAUCAUCUUUAUUGCCUAAAGCCGGCACUCGAAAAAGCGCCUGACGAUGAAUAUUCGUGUCGUUUGUGCCAGAUCGAGUUUGGCGACAAGGCGAGUGCUCCGCUCAAAAAAUAA